CCCGGCGGGCCCUGGGACCUGCGCCCGGACAUGCUGCUGCUGCUGCUGGCCCUGCUCUGGGGGAGGGCGGGGGUGCAGGGACAGGGAGGGUACUGGGAAGGUUACACGCUGCGAGUGCAGAGUGUGGUGACGGUGCAGGAGGGGCUGUGCGUCCACGUGCCCUGCUCCUUCUCCUACCCCCGGGACGGCUGGAACGACUCUGACCCUGUUCAUGGCUACUGGUUCCGGGAAGGGGCCAAAUCACACCAGGAGGCUCCAGUGGCCACAAACGACCCAGCUAGGAAAGUGCAGGAGGAGACCCAGGGCCGAUUCCACCUCCUCGGGGAUCCCGGGAGGAACAACUGCUCCCUGAGCAUCAGAGAUGCCACAAGGAGGGACCAGCAGUUAUACUUUUUUCGGGUGGAGCGAGGAGCAGUGAAAUGGAACUAUGUACACAACAAGCUCUUUGUACACGUGACAGCCCUGAACCACACGCCCCACAUCCUCCUCCCGGGGACCCUGGAGUGCGGCCGCCCCUGGAACCUGACCUGCUCUGUGCCCUGGGCCUGUGAGCAGGGGACGCCCCCCAGCAUCUCCUGGGAGGGGGCCUCUGUGUCCCCCCAGAGCCCCACCAUCGGCCGCUCCUCGGUGCUCACCCUCAUCCCUCAGCCCCAGGACCACGGCGCCAGCCUCACCUGCCAGGUGACCCUGCCUGGGGCCCGUGUGACCAGAAGGAGGACUGUCCACCUCAACGUGUCCUACUCUCCUGAGAACUUGACCGUGACUGUCGUCCGAGGAGACGGCUCAGCACCCACAGCUGUGGGGAACGGCUCAUCUGUGUCAGUCCUGGAAGGUCAGUCCCUGCGCCUGGUCUGUGCUGCUGACAGCAACCCCCCUGCCAGGCUGACCUGGACCUUGGGGAGCCUGACCCUGUACGCCUUGCAGCCCUCAAGCCCUCUUUUGCUGGAGCUGCCUCGAGUGCACCUCAGGGAUGAAGGAGAAUUCACCUGCCGAGCUCAGAACCCUCUGGGCUCCCAGCACGUCUCCCUGAGCCUCUCCCUGCAGAGCACAGUGCGGCCCGUCUCAGGGCUGACGCUGGGGGCUGUCUGCGGAGCUGGAGCCACAGCCCUGGUCUUCCUGUCCUUCUUCGUCAUCUUCUUUGUGCUGAGGUCCCAUAGGAGGAAGGCGGCAAGAGCAGCAGCAGGCAUGGGGGACACAGGCUUAGAGGAGGCAGACCCUGUCAGCGUCCCAGUCUCUCAGGUAAGUGACAUGGGCAUCUCCACAUCCAGCUUCCAGCCUGGACACCUCCCACAGGAUGGCCUCCAGGAUUGCUCAGCUGGGCAGGGCCAAAACAAUGAGUACUCGGAGAUCAAGAUCCACAAGUGA